UCGCAAUAGACGAUACUUGUUACUCCAAAUUUCAAUUGUAGCAUCACAUCGAGUUUCAUGAAGAAAUAAAUUAAUUCUUCAAAGUUUUUCGCUUCGUGGUUAAAAUGUUUGUUCAAAAUAAGCGGGCUUACACUCGUGUUAGUAAAAAAAUGUGCAAUUACACGUGGUACAUAAGCGAUUACAGUUUGAUUCGCAAAAAAACUGGAGAAAAAUUGGAGUCCCCAAAAUUCACAGUUGGCAAAAACGAAGUGAAAACUUUUUCUCUAAUUUUAUUUCCAGCGGGUGUAAAUGCCGAUUACGUGAAUUCGGUUGCUUUGUGUUUGCAUCAUGAGGUAGCUGACAUUACUAAUGGACUGGAGGUCUACUGUACGUUUUCUAUUUCAAAUAAUGAGAUAACACUAGAAAAAUCAAAAUUUAUCAACUUUACCAAGAAUUGGAACUCAGUAGGUUGGAACGAUUUUUGUACGAAAGAAGAUUUCAUUCGCUUUAUUUCCAAUUCCGAUUGUGUGACUAUUCACUGUAAAUUGACCGUAAUCCUAGGAUAUGAAUCCAUUGCGCGAGAUGCAAAAGCCUUGAUCCACAAAGAAAAAACUUCAAAAGAGCAGAAAGUAGAGAGUUUGUUUCUCUGUGAAAAAUUUAGCGAUAUAAAAUUAAAGACUGCAUGCGGAAAAGUGGUACACGCGCACAAAGCUAUACUUGCCUCUGCAAGUACGACGUUCAGCGCAAUGUUUAGUCACGAAAUGUUAGAAAACAAGUUGAAUUGCGUUAAUAUAAUCGAUAUUCAUUACGACGUGCUCGUCGAAUUGUUACGAUACAUUUACCUGGGCUGGGUUGAAAACAUGGAGACUUUGGCUUGCGAACUGAUAGCCGCGGCUGAUAAGUAUGAAAUCGAAGGCCUCAAAAGUGAGUGUGAAAAUUUUUUGAGCGAAAAUUUGUCAGUUGAUAAUGCUUAUGAAGUUCUUUGCAUCGCUGAUAGACAUAAUAUAAAGGAUUUAAAAAUCCAAUCCUUGGAAUUUAUCAAAUUUCACAUCAAGGAAGUUAUUCAGUCGGAUAAAGUGCAAGAAGUCAAGAAAAAUGAGGAAGCCAGGCUCUUGGUCGAUUUGAUUUGUUCGUUAAUCGGUGAAAUAUGAGGCUUAGAAGUUUCUCUGUGAGCAAAUUUCAAAAACAGUCAUGAAUAUUUUAUUUUUUAUUAAAAAAUAAGAUAUUAAUUAAUUUCUGAAGACGUAAUAUCCAUGCAAUUAUUGUACAAAAUAAAAGCUUGUUCAACACAUGCAUUGUCUCGAUGCUUUCAUUCAUUGAAAAUGCCUCAUUUAAUAUGUUUUCCAAUGACAAAGAUGAAUCCAAGCGAGAGGAAACGACUCGGCACCUUAAACCC